CCAAUUUGUUACACUAUUUAAACUCAACAUUCAUAUUCUCCUAUACUACACGAAAUAAAACAAUAAGGAAUCUCCUCUGCGCAGGAUUGGGCUUAUAUACAAAACAUCAAAACGUCAUGUCGUAUUCAACAAUGCAACGUUCAUUGGAGAUUGAGUUAAUCUCAGCGGAAGGACUCAAGGUAGACCGUAAACCGGUGAAGAGAAAGACAUUCUGCGUUGUCAAAAUAGAUCAGAAGACUCGGGUUUGUAAACUGGAUGAAUCAGGUGGGAGUUGCCCUACCUGGAAAGAUAAAAUCGAGAUGGAGAUUCCCAUAAACGGUAGUGUAAGGUUUAUCUCCAUUGAGGUAUUAUCUCGUACAAGUGGUGGUGCAGAGAAGAACGUUGGGUACGCAAAGAUUCCAGUGACAGAUUUCAUAGGAGGAUUUGCUCCUCAAGGGCAUUUGAACUUUUUGAGUUACAGGUUGAGAGACGAGUAUGGUGACAAAAGUGGCAUCCUUAACGUGUCGAUAAUGGUGAAACCCGACGGUAACGAUAUUAAAUAUUCUACGCCAUCUCCUUUGGUGGUGGCUACGAGGGAUUAUGCAGCGUGUAGUUCUCAGGCUGCGGUGAAUGGUCAAAUGUGGAGACCAAAGACAUCUUCAUCAAUGGCUGUGGGGGCUGGUUAUGGCGGUCGUGAAGUAACAGGAGUUCCUGCUUGGUUUAACAAGAACAAUCAGUAGUCUAGUGGUUAGAGAACCCUCUAGCUGAUCAUGUAUGCGCCGGGUUCGGUCCUGGGGAAGAGCAGCUGUGAGGAUACAAGCGCAUAAUGAUGGAUCUGAUGUACAGGCGAGAUUGGUGCGCAUCUCAGCUCUCUCUCUUCUUUUUUGCAUAAGAUUUGGUCUCUUUUCUCUCGAGUUUUCUUUUCAAAAUUAAGGAUACAUAUAUCAUAUAUGUUAUAAUGGACUGGAAACUAUCAUUCUUAAGCUUUUGUCGUAAUUAGCAAUCUGAUAAAUUAUCAACGUACU